AUGCUCUUGCAGCAGAAAUAUCGAGAUAAAGGUUUCAAGAAAUAUUCUAAACUAAGUUCUCACCGUCUUGUAGCUGAACAAAAUAAUAAUUUGUCAGUAAAAACUCACAAGCUUCAACUUACUGGAUCUACAUCAUUUCCUAAAGUAAAUAAGGUGUACGCCCACCAUGCUAGGUGUGUAAAGGGUCACGAAUCUAGUUGUGGAUGUGGACGUGGUCGUGGACCUGACUAUGAUCAAGAAAGAAAGCAUGUUCUUGGUUUUAGUCACUCAUCAAAUAAAUGGUUUUGUCAAAAAGAACAAGGAAAAAAUAAAGAACGUGAAGCAGGUAAAGCAUGUGUUUGUUUUCGAUGUGGUGCGAAAGAACACUAUGCACGUGAUUGUCAUACUCCUAAACACUUGGUUGAGCUUUAUCAAGCAUCACUAAAGGAAAAAAAGAAAAAUUCUGAAACUAAUGUUAUCUCUGAAAAUCAUGUUGACGUUCCUCACUUAGAUGAAUCAGAUUUCUUUGAGCAUCUUGAGAAAAACAGAGAUCACCUGAUUGGUGAUGGUUCUGUGGCUAUGAAAGAGUGA